CUGGGCGGGGCUCUCGGCAUACGUAGGCUGAUUGGCUCCCGCGCCUGCGCGAGGCUGUUUUGCUGGUGACCGUAUGAUGAAGUUGGGGCUGCAGUAAGCGCCCUGAGUCAGUCAGUCCCCGCCUCCCACCGGGCCUCCAUCUCACCGCCGGACACCCGCCCACCGAGGGAAUAGCUCACACAACACCCCGCCGGCCGAGCAGGUAAACCUCACGGCUUGUCUUUACCCGGGAGAUCCUCCCAGUCUGAACAUGGCAGCCUAGGCCGCACUCACAACAUGGAGCCAGAUGGCUGCCCUCCCUCUCACAGAGCCUCCUAGGAUCGUGUUAUAGGGAGGGCAGAGCACACAUGGAGCCCUUUAUAAGCAGUCAGGCCGGCCAGGCAUCAUGUGCAUUGUAGUCGGUCAUGCAGGGAGGCUGAAGUACUCUGUGUGUGUUUGGGUUUUGUUUUAUCCCAGAGCCUGUUGGCUUCAUGUCAUACAAAGCCCAAGUUUACUUUUAGCAAGUUCAUUAUCAUGGAAAUUGUAGCCGUCAUGUGUUGUAGCCGGCUAUAGAAAUACACGUUAUAACCCUCGGAUGGUCUAUAGCCGGCCAUAGAAAUACACGUUAUAACCCUCGGAUGGUCUAUAGCCGGCCAUAGAAAUACACGUUCUAACCCUCGGAUGGUCUAUAGCCGGCUAUAGAAAUACACGUUCUAACCCUCGGAUGGUCUAUAGCCGGCUAUAGAAAUACACGUUAUAACCCUCGGAUGGUCUAUAGCCGGCUAUAGAAAUACACGUUCUAACCCUCGGAUGGUCUGUAGCCGGCUAUAGAAAUACACGUUAUAACCCUCGGAUGGUCUGUAGCCGGCUAUAGAAAUACACGUUCUAACCCUCGGAUGGUCUAUAGCCGGCUAUAGAAAUACACGUUCUAACCCUCGGAUGGUCUAUAGCCGGCUAUAGAAAUACACGUUCUAACCCUCGGAUGGUCUAUAGCCGGCUAUAGAAAUACACGUUCUAACCCUCGGAUGGUCUAUAGCCGGCUAUAGAAAUACACGUUCUAACCCUCGGAUGGUCUAUAGCCGGCUAUAGAAAUACACGUUCUAACCCUCGGAUGGUCUAUAGCCGGCCAUAGAAAUACACGUUCUAACCCUCGGAUGGUCUAUAGCCGGCCAUAGAAAUACACGUUAUAACCCUCAGAUGGACUGUAGCCGGCCAUAGAAAUACACGUUAUAACCCUCAGAUGGACUGUAGCCGGCUAUAGAAAUACACGUUAUAACCCUCAGAUGGACUGUAGCCGGCUAUAGAAAUACACGUUAUAACCCUCGGAUGGGUCUAUAGCCGGCUAUAGAAAUACACGUUAUAACCCUCGGAUGGGUCUAUAGCCGGCUAUAGAAAUACACGUUAUAACCCUCGGAUGGGUCUAUAGCCGGCCAUAGAAAUACAUGUUAUAACACUCAGCUCGACUAUAAACGAUCAUAGAAAUACAUGUUGUAACCUUCAACUAGACUGUAGAGCUUGUUGUAGUCCCUUUAGCUGGACUAUAGACCUGGUUGUAGAAAUACACCAUACAGGGGUUAGGAAACAGUAAAGGUGUAGAAGAUGUAUUUCAGAUAGGGAGGACUGUAUUGAUUGUAGAAUGAAUAACACCCACAUGGGGGGAAAUAUGCAAACAGAAAAAAUUGGAAUUGUUCAUUGUGCAGGUGAAGACUUGAAAACCAAAUUGCAAGAUUUAAGCACAAAUAAACAAGCUGUGGCUGUAGAUUUUUCGGAAUCACCCGUUUUGAAUUUAACUUUUUUGUACUGGUACAAAACCAAUAUUUCAUAGCCAACCUGCUCCCCUUCAAACAAAAUGAUUACAUUAGUGCAUAUCUGUGGCAUAUGGCAGUCAGUAUAUGAGGGUGAAAAAAUUGUUUGUGAAUGAUAAUUGUAAUUUUGGAUUGCAAUGGCACCCUUAAAGGACCACUCUAGGCACCCAGACCACUUCAGCUUAAUGAAGUGGUCUGGGUGCCAGGUCCUUCUAGGGUUAACCCAUUUUUUUAUAAACAUAGCAGUUUCAGAGAAACUGCUAUGUUUAUGAAUGGGUUAAGCCUUCCCCUAAUCCUCUAGUGGCUGUCUCAUUGACAGCCACUAGGCGCUUGCGUUUCUCACUGUGAUUUUCACAGUGAGAGCACUUAGCGUCCAUAGGAAAGCAUUGUAAAUGCUUUCCUAUGCGACGGGCUGAAUGUGCGCGCAUUCAGCCCAGGAGGAGGAACGGAGGAGGAGAGCUCUCCGCCCAGCGCUGGAAAAAGGUAAGUUUUUAACCCUUUCCCCCUUCCAGAGCCGGACGGGAGGGGGUCCCUGAGGGUGGGGGCACCCUCAGGGCACUGUAGUGCCAGGAAAACGAGUGUGUUUUCCUGGCACUAUAGUGGUCCUUUAAAGGGUUGUUUCAAGUACCUCUUCAUUAAAGUGGUUAUGGUACUUGGAGUUUCUGUAUAUACACUGCUCAAAAAAAUAACACAUCCUAGAUCUCAAUGAAUUAAAUAUUCUUCUGAAAUACUUUGUUCUUUACAUAGUUGAAUGUGCUGACAACAAAAUAACACAAAAAAUAAAAAAUGGAAAUCAAAUUUUUCAACCCUUGGAGGUCUGGAUUUGGAGUCACACUCAAAAUUAAAGUGGAAAAACACACUACAAGCUGAUCCAACUUUGAUGUAAUGUCCUUAAAACAAGUCAAAUUGAGGCUCAGUAGUGCGUGUGGCCUCCACGUGUCUGUAUGACCUCCCUACAAUGCCUGUGCUGUCUCCUGAGGGACCUCCUUUCCAGACCAGGACUAAAGCAUCUGCCAACUCCUGGACAGUCUGUGGUGCAACUUGAACUUGGUGGAUGGAGCGAGACAUGAUGUGCUCAAUUGGAUUCAGGUCUGGGGAACGGACGGGCCAGUCCAUAGCAUCAAUGCCUUCGUCUUGCAGGAACUGCUGACACACUCCAGCCACAUAUGGUCUAGCAUUGUCUUGCAUUAGGAGGAACCCAGGGCCAACCGCACCAGCAUAUGGUCACACACGGGGUCUGAGGAUCUCAUCUCGGUACCUAAUGGCAGUCAGGCUACCUCUGAUGAGCACAUGGAGGGCUGUGGCGUCUCCAGACUGUCAUGUCUGUCACAUGUGCUCAGUGUGAACCUGCUUUCAUCUGUGAAGAGCACAAUGGCGAAUUUGUUAAUCUUGGUGUUCUCUGGCAAAUGCCAAACAUCCUGCACGGUGUUGGGCUGUAAGCACAAAUCCCACCUGUGGAUGUCGGGCCCUCAUACCACCCUCAUGCAGUCUGUUUCUGACCAUUUGAGCACAUUUGUGGCCUGCUGGAGGUCAUUUUGCAGAGCUCUGGCAGUGCUCCUCCUGUUCCUCCUUGCACAGAGGCGGAGGUAACGGUCCUGCUAAGGAGUUGUUGGCCUCCUCCACGUAUCCUUAUGUACUGGCCUGUCUCCUGGUAGCGCCUCCAUGCUCUGGACACGACACUGACACACUGCAAACCUUCUUGCCACAGCUCGCAUUGAUGUGCCAUCCUGGAUGAGCUGCACUACCUAAGCCACUUGUGUGUGUUGUAGACUCCGUCUCAUGUUACCACUAGAGUGAAAGCACCGCCAGCAUUCAAAAGUGACCGAAGCAUCAGCCAGAAAGCAUAGGAACUGAGAAGUGGUCUGUGGUCAUCACCUGCAGAACCACUCAUUUAUUGGGGGUGUCUUGCUAAUUGCCUAUAAUUUCCACCUGUUGUCUAUCCUAUUUGCACAACAGCAUGUGAAAUUGUCACUUAGUGUUGCCACCUGAGUGGACAGUUUGAUUUCACAGAUGUGUGAUUGACUUGGAGUUACAUUGUGUUGUUUAAGUGUUCCCUUUAUUUUUUUGAGCAGUGUACAACAUUUAACUUUUCUACAGAUUGCUGUUAUGACAUAGAUUGUUAUUAAAGUCUUCAAUGACCCAUUCAUAUAUAUGAACAUUAUGGAGGAUAGGUCACUGACAAGGGUGUACAGAUACACUGAAGCUUAUUAGAUCGAAAAUGUGAUAAAGGUACACAAAUUCUGAUUAACACAAUGUAUUUACAUACAGCCAACCUAUAGAGGAACAAAAAAGGCUACAUAGUAUAGCACGGUCUGCUAUAACCCAAAAUGUGUAAUAAUCUUGCACUCCCAAACCACUAUGUAGAUCAAGCGUAUGUGUCUCAGCUUUUCUUAACCAGAUUUAGAGAGAGCAUAAAUCCCAAUAUGACCCUAAAAAUAAAGUGCAGAAAAAUAGUAGUGUUCUCUGUAUCAUAUAAAAAAAAUAUUUUAUUGCAACUAACUUGCAUAAAUAAUUUACUGCAAAUCAGAUAACUUCACACCCUACGCUCUUUGUCCUUCAGACUUCAAUAUACAAUUGCAGAUCAUUAAAGAUUGUAAAAAAACAAAUCUGGUAUAUCGGAGAAAGGCAAUACAAGCAUUCUUCUCUAACCACAUUGAAACACCCCUCCCUCUCGUUUCAUUUGCCCAAUGUCCCAAUUCUUGAUGCUCUCAGUCAAUUAAAGGCUUCUAUAGGGUCAGGAACACAAACAUGUAUUCAUGACCCUAUAGUGUUAAAACCACCAUCUUGGCCCCUCACGCCUCCAUAAAUAUAGCACAAUCUUACUGUAUUCAAGCAUGAAGCUGUAACUCUGAAUGCGGUUUGCCUCAGAAAACCAAGCAGUCUGCUGACAUCAUCAGAAGUGGUAGCCUGAUCCAAUCACAAUGCUUCCCCAUAGGAAUAGCUGAGACUGACAAAGAGGCAGAUCAGGGGCAGAGCCAGCAUGAUUCAAACACAGCCCUGGCCAAUCAGCAUUUCCUCAUAGAGAUGGAUUGAAUCAAUGAAUCUCUAUGAGGAAAGUUCAGUGUCUGCAUGCAGAGAGAGGAGACACUGAAUGUUUGGAUGCAUUUUAGACUGCCAUGACCCAGGAAGGCUCUCUAACAGCCAUCUAAGGAGUGGCCAGUGAAGUUAUGACUAGACUGUAAUGUAAACCCUGCAUUUUUCUCUGAAAACAGUGUU